UCUUUUUCUUCACUAUCCUUCCUCGGUUUCCGUUUUUUUGUGUUUGCGUCGAGAGCGGUGUCAGAGUUGAAAUGUUGUCACCUCUUCUACUUUCGCUCGUCAGAAGUGCAGGAAUAGGCCGUCGAAAAAUAAAGAUAAAAACCUCUUUCUAGACAUAGAAAAUGGCUCCGUGGUUGGCUGCCUGGGUGACAGGUAGCUUGAAUCAGUUGCGUGAUUCCUACUGGCCCCAGUUCGCAGCGCAGCCGUCGUCUGAUGCGGUGCGAAGGAGUGCGGACGGUGAGGAUACCGGGGACGCGGCCAAGGUGCAGUGCAAAUCCAGUCUGAUCCCCGGUGGAAAGUAUACCACCUACGACAACAGUGAGCUGGUCUGCCGGCAUGGGAACUACAUGAGUUCGAUCGACUUAGAGCUGAAAGCGCCUAACUGGUCCGCCUACUACAUUACCCCAGACGAGUCACUGGAUGAGAAAGGCGGGCGGAGGAAAUUCAAGUACAACUACAGGCUGCUUUUCUGAUGUUUCCAAUAUGAUCAUGUGCUGGUUUCAUGAGGUCUUUCCUCCCGAAAAGUUCUUCCAGCAGUGCCCCUCAACACCAUCGUACAUCAGGGCUGAUCCCGCGGUGCCGGAGGAGAAGCAGGAGCCGCUGCGGUCAAAGUGCUGGGGGCAAAAGUGGAACCGCGGCCACCUGUGUCCGUCGUACAUCAUGUCGUACAACAAGGACCCGAAUGGUCCCUGGGAUGACACCUACUUCAUCACGAACACCGCGAUGCAGUACGGCCCCUUCAAUCAGCAGACCUGGCAGCACCUGGAAAAACACACGGUCGAGUGGAUCUCGAAGAACAAAAAACCGAUCUACAUCGUCACGGGCACCUUCUUCAAGCGCGACGCCUUGACCAAGUGCAAUCUGGACACCGGGGACAUUACCGGACCAUCGUCCUCGUCGUCCAGCGGAGUUGUGAGCAGUGAUGCGAAGAAAUCGGAAACAAGUGGCCCAAUGGACGAGGGUAUCAGAGUCUUCUUUUCUACUUUGAGCAGGACUUUAUUGUCAUUCAGGAGCGGAAGGUAGCCGUAGCCGUAGCAAUCAAUGGCAAUACAGACCAUGAAAGAGAAAAUCUACGUGUUUUCUUUCAUUUCGACACUGUAGGCUUGAAUAAGUUCAAGUGCAGGAUCAGUUAUCCCUAGUGCAGGAGAAAUGAUGAUGAUGAAGUUUUCAAUUUUUCGUUUCUAAAAUAAUUUCGCAGGUCGCUACAUGGGAGUUCCGGACUUCUACUACAAGAUCAUGUGCGACCCGAGCGCGAAAAAGUCGAUCGCGCACAUCGGCCACAAUCGGGCGGACGACAAGGUGAAGGAGAUGUCCGUCGGGGAUUUGCACAAAAUGAUCGGACUGGAGUUGUUCCCCGAGGAAGGUUGUGGCACCGCGGAAAUGGACUCCGACUACUGGUGGACAGAGAGUCUAGGGAAGCUGCAGUUUUUGGAAGAUCAGAAUAUUAACGCGAAAGCAGUGCAGAACCAGAAGCAGGAGUUGGAAGAGAACAAAAAGAGCGCCGUCGCUUCUUCUGUGCCCUUGCUAGCGCAAGGCAAGCGGGAAAAUGGCACGCCAACAUCGCCACGAACUUCGUCCUCGUCAACAAAGCCGACCGCGGACGAUUCUGAUGCCACACUCUACAAUUUUUGAAAAAACAACACAAAACUCGGAAACGCAUUUGCUUUUGGUUCUGUCUUGGGAAUCAUCUCCUCUAGUACCAAAUAAAACACAAUAAAUACUCGUUGAUGAACUACUUCUACAACCUAGAGCUUUUGCCAUCUUCUACUUUUUUGUUUCAAUGGUUUUAUUAAGGACAGAGUGGUUCCUGGUUUUACUUUUAUUCAACACGAUGAAAGAGGAAGAGCUGACUAUAACGGAAGUAGUGCGGCCACACUUAGCGAUAGCUCGUUCUUGUGCACAAAGUUCAAUAAGUACUGCUAGAAAAUAACGGACACCGACACGAUGGGUCGUGAUAUUUUUGUUCUUUGUGACUGAGGUGGAUUACGAUACUGCGGUCUUGCGAUGGGCCGGACGAGCCCGCUACCGCCCGGCCCCAAAGGCUUCGGGGGAGUCCGGGGACGCGGACGGGGUUCACGCCGUUCGUCAACUUCGAGGAUACGCGUAUGGACUUUUCCGCUGUUCCGACCGAUCUCGGGACAAGGACCCAUCAAGUAGUAGAAGAAGUCUGUGACAC